GAUUACUUCCGGUUAUCACACAGGGAAAACUUGCAGAACAAUUUUGCUUUGUUUUCGGUGUUCAAGAGCAUAAUAUUGUGUCAUUUUAUGCUGCAUAAAUUAGUUUAUUGCUUUUCAAACUACAAUUUAAACGAAUACAGCCUCUCUUGCUGCAUAGCUGUAAAUUUACCAUUUAGAAAUUGAAGCACGAAAAAUGGCGGUGUGAUUGAAAGAAACUAUUUGAGUUAUCUCCCCUGACAAUGUAUUUUCAUAGGAACCUUUACACAUGAACUUGUGAAUAAGAUGUUAUUUUCUUUUUGUCAUAUAAGACACAUUAUAGCAAAUGGAAUCACUAAAUAAGCAACAACCUCCAAGAAUUGUUCAGUCUUCAGUGAUAGAACCAAAAGAUGAAUUAUCUGAGAAAAUUGAAAGAAAUUACAACACAAUAUUUAAUCUAACUAAUGGAUUAUCUGAAAGAGAAGCAAAUGAUGCCCUGAAUACUUAUGUCAGCAAAGGAUCAUUCCAGUAUGAAGAAGUUCAAGUUGGAUUAUGGUGUUCCAUAUUAGUAGACCCUAAAUCUGCAGCAAGAAGCUACAGAGAUUUAACCUUGCUUAGCAGAGAUGGUAUGACCAUAGCUUUAACAAAAACAAAUCAGCUCAUCUUUGAAAGAUGGUUAAAGUUACUAGACUCAACAAGACAACAGAUUGUAUGGUUUUGCAAAGAAUUGGUGAAGAAUACAGUCACUGGAGCAGACAGUGUGUGUACAAGUCUGAUCAGACAGAUGGCAGGAGGUGACGUGUCUCCGAAGAAUAUCUGGUUGAUAGAAGUAGUGUUGGAUAUCCUCUCAGAACACAGAACGUGGUUAGAUAAAUUUCCCCAGUUGUGUUCGAUGGUGGUCUAUACCUAUCUGAGACUGACGAUGGAUCAUACAGCACACAUGUUGGUCAAUCUAAGGAAGAGGGAAGUGGAUCUUUGUGUAUCGCUACUCAGGGAAAAGUGGACAGACUGUGCUGUGAUUGGUCGAGAUUUAGUGAGAUUACUACAGUAUGUUGCUAGGAUACCAGAGGUUGAGAGCCUGUGGAAGGAUAUGUUAAGUAAUCCAACGUCAAUAAGUCCACAUUUUACAGGAUUAACACAGUUGAUGAUGAUGCGAACUUCAAAGAAGUUUUUAAUAAGUCGUCUGACCCCUGACAUGGAAAACAAACUAGUCUUUCUCAUAACCAAGGUCAAAUUUGGCCAACAGAAAAGAUAUCAAGACUGGUUUCAGAGACAGUACCUGUCGACACCAGAGAGCCAGUCACUACGCUGUGAUUUAAUACGCUAUAUCUGUGCUGUAUUUCACCCACCAAAUGAAUUACUGUGUUCAGAUAUUAUCCCACGAUGGGCUGUGAUUGGCUGGUUACUAACAACCUGCACGUCAAAUGUAGCUGCCACUAAUGCUAAACUGGCUCUGUUUUAUGAUUGGUUGUUCUUUGAUCCUGAGAGGGACAGUAUUAUGAAUAUUGAACCUGCCAUUUUAGUGAUGUACCAUUCCAUCCGACCCCAUCCUGCAAUUACAGCAACAUUAUUAGAUUUUCUGUGUAGGAUUUUAACCAAUUUUAGUCUCCCAUUAAGUGCUCAAGUCAAAUUAGGAAUAUACACAGCUUUCAGAGUUAUUCUGGAUAAAAGAGUUUUACCAGCUCUGGAACCAUUAUUAGAAAACAGUAAGCUAGACAGAGAUUUGCGGAUGUUGAUUCGUGAAAACUUUACUGAAUUCUGUUCACAAGAAGCAGUAGCUAAAGAUGAACCUUCAAACAACAAAGAGCCAAUGGUUUCUAUGGCGUCAAUGUUGGAUUCAAUGAUGGACACAGAUGGUCAUAUAGAUAACAACAUGUCUGAUGGUGCUGCCUUUAGUGACGAAGAAGAUGAUGUACCAUUAGGUAAAAUAAAAGAAGAAACCAAGUUCCAGCCGAUUCAGGAUACGAGAUAUCAACCUGUUGACAUUAACGACUUUCUACCUCAACUUAAUGGUGAAUUGGUGGAAUAUGUUGAACAAUUAAUGAGUGAAAAAGAUCAAGAAAUACAGUGUGAGAGUAUGGACAGACUGAUGCAGAUGGUUGUAAAAGAUGAAGAGUUUGAAGAGAUGGCUUACUCUCUGUCGCACUGUUUAUGUCAGAUAUUAGUUAACCAUUUUAGUAGUAAUUUAUUUCCUAUGGAACUUGAUGAUGAGUCUAUAGAAGAUUCUAUAGGAUCCCCAUUAUUUGUAAUUUUUAGAUUCUUAGCGUCUAUGGCAGAAGAAGACCCCAAUCGGCAGCCUAUAUUACAAUUGUUAACAGAGAUGUAUGCAAAACAACCUCGUAUUGGAUACCAUAUGUUAUAUUUUCUCAAAGUUGGCAAAGCAAAUGAUGAAAAAAUGUUGACAUAUAAAGAUUUCUGUAAAAGUAUGGAUAACAAAGAUUUAGAAUCUUGUCUGAUGUCUGAUCUCAAGUUAUGUCAAGAAGAUGAUGUUAGAUUGUUUACUUUUUUGAUGCCAGAUAUUUAUAAUAAUUUCCAGAGCCAAUCUCUAGGGAAUUCAGAGUUGUUACACAUGAUAGUGUCAGCCAUAGAUGGAGCACAGCUCCAAGAACUAAUAUGUCAGAUAUUGCAAGGCCACCUGAUAAUGUUCAGAAAAGAUUCAUUUCUGUCUGUUUUAAAUGCCAGUUUAGAUUGGGAGACUUUAGAACAGUAUUUCUUAUGGCAGUUAAUAUCUGCACACAAUAUACCGGUAGAACAUGUUAUGCCCAUUUUACCAAAACUAGAUUUCACACAACAUGCAGAGGCUCUGUCCAGUAUACUUGUCUUAUUGAAACAAGAAUGUCCCUCAUCAGACCUGUUAAGAAUUAUUAUGUGUAGAGACUGUAAGAAAACAGACUAUUUUGUUGUAUCAAUUCUAAAAUACUGGGCUCAGGAAUUUGAAGAUAAAUUAGCAGAGCAUAUAAAUCAACAAGUGUCCAAGUUUAAUGGUACGCCAAAGAAACGACAAAGAUCAGGGUCAUCUUCUAAGAAAGACAGUCCUAGCAUUGAACAGGUUUUGUUACACCUAGACCAUGUUCGACAAGUCUGUAAAAAUAUAUCAUUUUUAAACAAUGAAAAUAUACAGCAUGCCCUACAGCAGGUGCAGCAAACAGCAAGUGAAUCUCUUAAAACUAAAUUUAGUGAUCUUCUGGCUCUAGCUGAAGACAUUGAUGAUAUAAAGAGCACCCGAGUGCUCAGGGGUCUUCCUGUAAGAAAGGCAGCUAGUGCUAGUGCAGCUAUGGGACUAGACAUUCGACCCCCAAGGUCAAAGUCAAAGAAAGUCCAGGAGAGUAGUGGGAGUGAGACUGAGACUAGUUCAGAGGAAGAAAUAAAACCAAAACCGAAGAAAAGAAAGAAGGCUUUACCUGUAGAAGACGACAGCGACUGAACAAAUUGUCAAAACUAUGUCUGUUUAAAUAUAGAUUUUUCAACAGAAGUUACAGAAAGCAUAUGAGUGCUGCAGAUAAAUGAACAUAUUAAGAGACAUUUCUUAAGAAUAUGUCUGAGUUUGUGGUAUUUAGUUGUUUUUGUUAUGUGAUGCAAACAAAACAUGAAGAAACUUGUUUAAACAUUGCAGCAUUUAAGUCUAUUUUUGCUGUAUUUAGUUGUUAUAUAUAAUUUCCAGUUGAUGUAAAGAUGGAGCCAUGUAAACAAAGAAGCCAUGUAAUAUGGUAAAACAUACAAUACCACAUAUGUAUAAAAAUGUAGUUUUUACAAAGAUUCAAGAAACAAUGUAGUGGAUCUAACACUGAUAAAUAUGAAAACGUUGAUUACCAAUAGACAGUGACAUUUUUUGAGAAGUUUAUUUUUGCAUACAUAUGAACAUGUAUCUGUUCUCUGCUCUUUGGUAGGGUUGAUGUCUCUUUGGCACAUUCCCCAUUUCCAUUCUCAAUCUCAAUUUUAUGUAGAUUACUACUGGAAAUUGUAAAGAAUAAAAAUUAUGAGGAAUUUAUUUUUGCAUAAUUUUGCAAAUUAAAUGACAAAAAAAUCUCAACUGUAUCUUUGAUCUCUUAUGAAUAUUAAAAACAAGGGAAAGAAAAAUUCAAACAUAUAACCUUGUGAACAGGUUUUGUGAUUUUGUUUUAUUACAUUAAAGUCCCACUUUUUUGUCCGUUUUUUUUUUACUGGAUAUAAAUGGCAAUGGCAUAUAUAUUUAGCCUUGUAAAACUAAUAGCAUGAUCAGUGUUCUCCCAAGGAUUUAUUAUGAUGAUGAGUGUUAAGUUUGAAGAUGCAGAUAUUUCUAUUAUAUCAGUACAGCUGAUAUUUUAAGAUAAACUUGUAACAUUCUAUUGUGUGAUGUGGAAACUCUCUUAAAGCUUAAAAUUUGUUCAAUUUGAUUUGUUAAGAAAUUAAUGGUGCAAUCAGACAAGUUUCUCUUUUUGAUGUCAUGAAAAUAUGCUUGGAUGUAUUUGAAAUGAAUAUACUUUAUUAGCCUCAAUUUUGAUUUCCCUUUUCUUACUGGUUUUUCCCUUGUAAUAUUGUGGCUGUGACAUAUACUGGUAAAGUGGUGAUUAUAGGAAUAAUUUCAUUCAGUCUCCCCCUUUUUUAUUAUAACAAGAGUCCAUUUGAAGUUGAUAGGAUUAAAAGCAAUGGUUUAUUUCAACUUUGUUCUGUUUGUUACCAGAAGGUUAAAAAUGCUUUGUUAAGACUGACAUAACUAUGUGUUUCUUAUGUGCAUAUAUGUUUACGCUUGAUAAAGACAAGUGGACACAGAUUUGUAAUGAUUGUAUGGAGAGUAAAAGAUAAAAUGAAUUGCCGGGAAAGACAAUAUAUAAUUAAACCAUUCAUUAGAAUGUUAGUUGGAUCAUAAGAUUGAAAGAAUGUUUGAUAAGAGAUAUGAGUAAUUGUCCAGACAACAGUGGGAAUGAAUGUAAGAAUCAUUUUGUUAUACAUUGAACAAUAUAAUAAUGCCAUUUACAUAACAAUCAUAAUUUUUUUCUUUCAACUUUUAAGAGGGUGUAUCAUUUAGAAUAUUACCUUUGUAAUGUACAGAUAUGUCAAUGAUGUAUAAAAAACUUUUCUAUUGUUUGUUCCGUUUUAAAGUCCAUUCCAUUCCUUGGCAUCAGUUUUACUGCCAUUUCUUGGAGUAGAGUAUAGAAAAACCAAUAUCCUGGUUUGUUUGUUUAGUGGAAUCAAAACAUGAUCAUGAGAAACAAUUAUUGAUCUGCAAUUGUUUAAUGUUUAAAAAUACAAUGGAAAAUGCUUUGAAAUUAAAAGAAAAGUAUGAAGGUAAAAUGUUAUGAAACCAUAGUACAUUUCAUAUAAUUUAUAUCUGCCAUGACCAUAGGUUAAAGUAGAAAUUCUGGAGAGACAAAAUUUUGAAAAUAUAAAAUGUGUAGACUUUCCACCGAUAAAUUGUAUUUUUCAUGAUUUUUAGGUGGGGUGGUAAUGACAACACUUCACCUUUCCUAGGUAUGUUUUUUCUAUUCUUGUUCCUUUCUAAAGUACAGUACAGCAGAAUGAAUGUGACAUGUUCUAAACUGUUUGCAUAUUUGAUAUAUUUUUAUCAUGUCCAUUUGUUUAAACAUACAUGUCAUAGUUGUUACAUAAAAUUUUUCAUACUUUA